GGUUUAAUUCGUUUCACUCUCUGUGCGGUCUUUUGUGUAAAAUUGUUUGCCUGUAGCCAAAGUGUGCUGUUGCUUUAACAAUGUGUCGCUUGUUUAUUACGCCAUCAAAGUACGCAAUGGUGUCUGGCUAAACAGAUCAUAUGGUUCAAGGGAAGUCAAGAGAACUGUGCAGAAGAUAAUUUUGCUUGCAAUAAAUUCAAUAAUUAAUCGUUAUCUUUAUUCUUUCAGUAUUUGUUAUUCUCAUACGGUCUAUGGUUAUUCCGCAUUGAAGAUGAAUAGUGUUGGAGAGGGCUGCACUGACCUAAAACGGGAAUAUGACCAGUGCUUUAACCGUUGGUUUGCUGAGAAAUUCUUGAAGGGAGAUCGAAGCGGUGAUCCCUGUACCGAAAUGUUCAAGAAAUAUCAGCAUUGUGUCCAGAAGGCCAUAAAAGAAAAGGACAUUCCCAUUGAUGGUGUAGAAUUCAUGGGCCCAAAUAAAGAGAAAGGUGACAGAUGAGAUGGAUCUCCCCAACAACGUUGCCUUGUGACUCACUGGCAUCACUUACUGGGAAUGCAAUGGAACAUGAACAGGGUGUCCACCAAUUUAGCUUGAAUUGGGUUUUGUUUGAGGUCGCUGUCCUCGUGUGGAGACUUAAGAGCAUUCAUAUGAAGGAUCCAAAGUGCUGAAUGACAAUUGGGAUUGGAUUUUGGGUAUUGAUUACAAAAGGAACCUAUGAAUCCAGACAUUUGGGUCAGACCAAUAAACAUCCAUUUUUUUAUUCUUAUUUUACCUUUAUUUAACCAGGCAAGUCAGUUAAGAACAAAUUCUUAUUUUCAAUGACGGCCUGGGAACAGUGGGUUAACUGCCAGUUCAGGUGCAGAACGACACAUUUGUACCUUUGUCAGCUCGGGGUUUGAACUCGCAACCUUCUGGUUACUAGUCCAACGCUCUAACCACUAGGCUACCCUGCCGCCCCAAGAUGGAUAUAAUGUGGUGGGCACUUCAGAUGAUCAUUUUAAAAUGAUUAUGAUGCUUUGCAAAGGGAGUUUUAUUGAACUUUUUAAAUUCUGGAAUUGUCAAUGUCUAUUAGUGUCCUGGUAUAAUGUCCCGCAAGACAACUGAAGAGGGCAUCAAUGUGGAUGCAUUGGACUUGGUUCAUACUGUACAAGAUUAGAAGUUUUGUGGGUCUCUUUGCUCCAAGUUAAACAAUUUUACUGGAAUGUGUUUAGUUCAGUGAUGCAAUGUAAUGUUAUUAACAUAUACAUUGACAAAGCAAUAAAUAGAAUAAACAUGUUUCAUUACCACCAA